UGGUUGUGGUAACGGGUGGCAACAGGUUCGCUGAGUAAGAAUGACAGCGCAGGUGCCCCUCUCGUCUUGCCUUAUCAGGAAUCACUAGUAUCAGGAAGCUUAACGAUGAGUACAGCCACAAUCAUGUCGGUGUGCAACAACGAUUGUUCUGACUGCUGUGAUGGAACGUCUGACAAGAGUGAAAAUUGUAGAAAAAUAACAACUACAGUGUUAGAACCAUGUGUGCCACUACCUCUGUCUGAUGAAGUUCUAGAUGAUAUCCUCCCCAAGGCUAAAGACUAUGCCCUCUUACAUGGUGCUGGGAUGCGCUACAAAGCCAGCUAUGAUCAGGACACACUACAGAUGGCUCCAUUCUUCCUCCUCCCCUCUGCUUUCCCUCGACGGGAGUUUGAACGUGUGGUUAAGUUGCAGCCCCUCAUCAACGUGCUCAUGCACAAGAUUGCUCACAAUCAUGAGUUUUUAGAAAAUUGUCUUAAAAAAACGGUCAAGGUGGAUGAUUUCACAGGACGACUAUGGAAGAUCUACACCACCGUCAGAGAAGAGGGAAUGGCUCAGGAGUUGAGUUUGGGCCUGGUGCGGUCGGACGUAAUGCUGACCAAGUGCCAUGCUGGGUGCUGCAAGCUAUGCGAGACCCCUCCUUAUGUCUCCUGUCACCAGGUGGAGGUCAACACCAUCGCCUCAGGAUUUGGCCACAUGGGACCAAUAUCUGGGAGUAUUAAUAGGUAUGUUCUAGGAGAAUUACGACGACCAGAUCUGCUUCCUCAUUUGCCAGAAAACAAUGCUCUCUCGGGACUCUGUUCUGGGAUGGUCUUAGCGUGGGAGGCUUACAAGUGUCCAAAAUCUGUAAUAUUAUUUGUUAUUGAAGAUGUUACUUACAAUAUUUGUGAUCAGCGGUUCCAUGAAUUUGAAAUCAGGCGACAAAGACCAGAGCUCCAUGUUAUUCGACGUAACCUGACGCAGAUCAGCCAGACAGGACAGUUGACCGACGAUAAGAGGCUUAUAAUUGAUGGUGAUGAAGUUGCUGUUGUGUAUUUCCGUGCCGGGUAUGAGCCUGGCCACUACCACAGUGAAGCGGAGUGGGAAGCCCGACUUACUAUAGAGAGGUCUAGAGCUAUUAAGAGCCCCAGUAUACAGUGCCAUUUGGCUGGUACUAAAAAGGUUCAGCAAGAAAUAGCUCGUCCAGGUAUACUCAAGAAAUUCCUCCCAGAUUCUGAAGCAGAACUUGUGUCCAACCUUUUCACUGGCCUCUAUACUCUUGAUCUGGGUGCUGAAGGUGACGCUGCAAUACGAAUGGCCACGGAGGACCCUGAACGCUUUGUCUUGAAGCCACAGCGGGAAGGUGGAGGCAAUAAUUUUUAUGGUGAUGAAAUCAGGACAGUUUUGGAAAAGAUGAAAGAUUCAUCAGAAAGAGAGGCCUACAUCCUCAUGGAUAGAAUCCGCCCUCCCGUCCAGCACAACUACCUUGUUCGACCCCAUGAAUCUGUGAAACUGGUCGAGGUGGUAUCAGAGUUGGGCAUCUUUGGUGUGGUUCUCGGUACAGAUAAGGAGAUCACCAUCAACACGUAUUCCGGACACAUGCUGCGGACAAAGCCCUCCUCCGUCAACGAGGGUGGGGUGGCCGCAGGUCUUGGUGCUCUUGAUUCUGUUUUUCUAUUUGAUUGAUUAUAAUUACAAUUAAAUGUAAAGUAAAAUCUCUCUAAUUCAUCUCUCUUUUUUCAAAUUGUUGUUGGUUAUUGGAAACUAAGUGAAAUUUUUCGGAGAACAACGAAACGCGAGUAAAACUUAGGAAGGUAUGUUACGUACAGUACAAUACUCGGUUUAUUUAGAAAUAAUUCAGAUAGCCUUUAAACUUAAGGUAUUUAUUUGUAUUGAUAUAAAUUAGUACAGGUGGUAGAGUUUGUUAUUGGUUGAAGAUCUCAGGAGGGAAGUUACAGAUAAUUUAACUCCUAGGCUUCUCACCAUCACCCACCACCCCUUCCUCUUGCAAUUGAAAUAAUCUUGGUGAAUAAGAGAGGUUUUCUGUAGUGUAUCUAUUUUUUCUCAUAGUUUGCAAAUGUUAAAUUUUUUGUCUGUUUUUCAUAAAAAAAUCUGUAAAUGACAAGAAAAAUAUUGAUAGUAAAAUGUUCAAGAGUUGUACUGUAUAUUGAUUGUAAUGUAGGAGCUUUUUAUUCAUUCAUAAUACUGUACUUCACUGUACUCUACUGCAUACAUUCAAGGAAAUUUCAUCUAUAUUUUUUAUACCAGUAAAGUUGAGGUAUCAACUGGCAAUGUUCCUUAAUUUGUGGAUACAAAUUUAUUUAGUUACAACCAGCAAUGUGUUAAUCCGUCUACGAUAGGAAGGCCUGGGACCACACCUCACUCAUAUAACACCAUCCGUGAUGGAAUUACUACACCAUGUCAGGUCCCUCAACACCAUCCGUGAUGGAAUUACUACACCAUGUCAGGUCCCUCAACACCAUCUGUGAGGGAAUUACUACACCAUGUCAGGUCCCUCAUAACACCAUCUGUGAGGGAAUUACUACACCACGUAAGGUUCCUCAUAACACCAUCUGUGAGGGAACUACUACACACAUUCUUUCAUUCUUUUCAUUAACUGUCAUUCUUUCAUUCUUAUUUCUGUAAAAUAUUUAUUUAUUUAUUUGUUUUUAAUGAUUUUUCUUUCCACAACAAGACCCGAAAGCUGGUUAACCACCAUCACUUUACUCAAGCCGUCGUCAGUCACCCUUCAGGAGCACAUUCUCCAUUCAUUCACGCACACUCCUGCAUGUAUCCUACACCCCAUCCUUCCAUCUCUUUCUUGGUCUUCCUAUCUCUAUCCUAUCAUCCUUAGCUGAAUUGUACAGUACCUCUACUUCCUUUUACCCAAUCCUUUAAUGUACAGUGCUUCCCAUCCACUAUUGUUAUUAUUAUCCACUCUGUAUCUGUCUGGCUAAAUAAACUGUUUCAAUGUCAAUCACUAUCACUCAGUAAAACCAUUCCUCAACAGGCUCUCAUCCACUGUCUACUAUAACUCCUACACACAUCACAUGUCAUCACAUCUUUCACUUGUACAUUUCCUUGUUUGUAUAUUUCUUAUCAUCAGCGUCCUGUUUAUCCCACAUUUUCGUCUUGAAAGUUUGUCAUGUCUGCCGCUUCUAAUUUUCUCCUGGCUUUCGAUUCGCACUCAUAAUAAUCCCUCCCCCUCCUAACAUUCCCAUAUAGUUUUAUACAGUCUAUAUAUAUAAUUAUUUUUUAAUUCACCCACUGUCAGUUUGUUGCUUUCUACUGCUCUGGUUCAGUCCUUCAUUCAUCGUUCUAUUUAAUGUCACGUCCACUCCCAAAUAUCUGAAACGUCCCACUUCUUCCCGUUGGUCUCCAUAAACCUAGAUUUUAUUAAUCCAUGUCUCCAUUUUCCUCUUCUUUUUCAUCACUUUUAGUUAGCUUAGAGUAUGAGAGAUAAAUGAUGGUCUAUAUUUUAAUGCUUUGGCUAACUAUUGUAAUGUUUGUAUAUGAGAGGCAAUAAUAAAUAAGUAAUUAAA